UUUAAUUUAUUUUUUUAAAUAUGAAACCUGUGAACCCCAGCAAUGUGCAAAUAUUCCUGAGUGAGAGCACAGGAACCUGCAGCUCUGAGGAGCCUUCCCUUCCCCCUGAGCCAGCUCUGGGAAUGCCUCUUGGAGAGGCACAUUCCAAGUGGGAAUUCCCACUGUUUGCUGCCUGUCCUUUGUCCUUCCUCACUUCCCAAACCAGUGCAGCUCAGGGCAGUCUUAAAUCAUGGAAUGCUUUGGCUUGGAAAGGAUCUCAAACCUCAUCCAAUUCCAACAGUUCCCACUGUCCCAGGCUGCUCCAGCCCCAUCCAGCCUGGCCCUGGACACUUCCAGGGAUGCAGGGCAGGGCCAUGUGCAGGGAGCUGUUUCUGCUCACAUCUCUGAGUCCUUCUGGCCUUUCUCAAGUUGAUUUUGCUGCUUUUCUCUCAUUUUCCAUCUCUCUCUUGUUUAAAUCUGUUGUUUCCAGUGGUUUAUCCCAGACCCCAUGAAGAGCUUCCCUCCCCUACGAGUCUCUGAUCAAGUGGCUGAAAAACCCUUCUUUUCUUCCAAAAAAACUGCCUCUUGCUGGAAAGUCUAUUUUUUUCCUUCCCAAAAUCUCCCUCUUGCUGAAAAAAACAUUUUUUCUUCCCAAGAUCUUGCUGAAACCUCAUUUUUUUUCUUCCCAGAAAACUGCUUCUUGGCGGAAAAUCCUUUUUUUUCCUUCCCAAAAUCUUCCUCUUGCUGGAAAUUCCCUUUUAUCCUAACCAAAAAAAUGCCUCUUCCUGAAAACCCCUUUUUUCUCCCCAGGCUCUUGCUGAAAACCCCCAUUUUUCUCCCUAAAAAUCUGCCUCUUGCUGGAAACAAGAGUUGAGAUGGAUAAAAUCCUUGCUAGAGCUGAGCUGGCUUAGCAGAGCAGAGCUCAGGAAAAGCUGGGAAGCUCCAAGGAACGUGCUGGGACUCAGGAAAGCUCCCAGGAGGCUGCAGGGAAGGGUUUGUUUUCCUUUAUUUCCCAUUUUUGCUGCCCCAGCCCAGCUUAUCUGGGAGAGCCAGGCCUGGGUGAAGCCUCCUGAGGGAUCCUGAUUAUCUCUACUUUGGGCACUGCUGAUAAAACCUUCAUUCCAGCUGAACUGGGAGCACUGGGAGUAAUGGAAAUGAGAAUUUUCCCAUUCCUAACCCUGCCUGAGCUUGGGAUAAUAAUUAUAAUAAUUAGCAGGGAAGAAGUUUGCUGUGGAAAUCUCUGAUUUUUAGAGGUGGGAGUGAAAGAUUUCAGGGAUUAUGGAGCCCAUAGAUGGACAGGAGGUCCUGGACUUGUUCCUGUUCUCAGCAGAGUUCAAAUUGUCCAUGUGAGUCUCUCCUUGGAGAAAAUAUGGAAUCCAGCAGCUUUUCCUUGAAUAAAUUCCACCUUUAUCCCCAAGUUUAAACACAAACCCCAUCCUUGCACCUUCCCUUGAUAUUCCAGAACUGGAGGCUGAAAUAUUCCUUCUAGCCUAAAAAAUCUUUGAGCCUGGCAUGACUUUUUUUGUAUGAAAUAGGAGUUUUUUUAGCAUUUUUGGCUUUUCUUUUUGGUUUUAUCCUUGAAUUUUUUUUUGGAGUGUAUCCAUGUGCUCCAGAAAAAUGAUGGUUAAGAAUUCCCUUGGAAUCUUUUAGAAUCUUUUAUCCAAGGAUGAGAUCCAGGGAAUCUUGGUGUUCUGUCCCAAAGUACCAACCUGACCAGGAGAGGGUUUUCCAGAGCAGUCCUUGGGAAAGGUGUGGAGGUUUUGGGAAUCCCAAAAGGAGCAGGGAACUCUUUGUCUCCAGGAGAAGCUUUUUUGGAUCUUUUCCUGCCAAAUCUUCUCUCCCCUCUCCCAUCCUGAGAUAUCCAUGGCAUUUAUUCCCUGUUCUUCACAUGGAUCAUUAUUGCUGUUCCCUAAAAACUGUUCCAGGAAUUUCUGAGUGUUCCCACACUUGAGGACCUGAACCAUGCUGAGUUUUUGUGUGGAGAUCCCUGGGACAGCUCCAUCACGUCCUGUGGUGUUCCCAGCACUGUCUGGAUUUGCUGUGGAAUCUGACACAUCCUGGAUUUUGCAGGAUGAUUUUUCCCAACAGGAAAAAAUCCCCCAAAAAGGGAAAUGCACAUCCAGGAAAACCAGGAAUUUAAACAGAGCCUGGUGUAAGGCUGGCAACUUGGCUCUGGGCUUGAGUGCUCCCUUCAGGAUCAAUAAAUCCCUGAACAUCCCAAUUUUCAGGGUUCAACUGGAGCAGUUGCUCCAAAAAACCCAACUGCUGCUGCUCCUGGUGUUUCAGCCAAUUAUUGGGAAUAUUCCUGCAUUGAUGAGGGAGCACUUCCCUGCUCUGUGUCUGCUCCAUUUCCAAAGUGUUUGCAGCUGUUUAGGAUUCUACUUCUCUCCUUUUCCUUAGGAUUCUGCUUUCCCUGUUUGGGAUCCUCCUUUUCCCUGUUUAGGAUUUUCCUUUUUCCCUGUUCAGGAUUUUCCUUUUCCCUGUUUAGGAUUCUCCUUUUCCCUGUUUAGGAUUCUCCUUUUCCCUGUUUGGGAUUCUCCUUUUCCUUGUUUAAGAUUUUCCUUUCCCUGUUUGGGAUACUCCUUUUCCCUGUUUGGGAUUUUCCUUUUCCCUGUUUAGGAUUCUCCUUCUCUCCUUUCCCUGGGAUUUAAAAUCUUCAGGGAAAUUCCUGCCUUUCCUGCUUUCCCAAAGAGGAGUUGGGGAGGACUGCAAGGGCUCCUUGGAGCUCCCAGCUCACAGAAAUUUGUGGGAAUUUGGACUUUUUAAUCAUUCCCUGCCAAGAGCUGGAGAUGAAUUCCCUUUAAUGCCACAAACAGGAGGAAAUUCAGAGUGGGAAUGUCCUGCCUUGCUUGGAUACAGGAGCAGCAGAAACAACCUGGGAGCCUGGAAUUUAUUUACUAUUUAAUUACUAUUUAUUAAAAAAACUGCAGGAAUAUUAGGCCAGGAUGGGAUUUGUUAAUAAUCAAAUGCCACAACUGGAAAAUUUACAUUCAAAAUGCCCAGAGCCUCAAUUUCUCAAAUAAAUUCUAGAUAUGCUACAUAUUUUGAUAAAAAUUCACUCUAUAUUUAUAAAUUCUCCCUCUAUUUAUAAAUUCUCUAUUUAUAAAUUUUCUCCAUAUUUAUAAAUGAUACAUAUUUAUAAAUCUAUCUAUAUUUAAAGUUCUAUAUUCUUAUUUCUAUAAUAUAUUAUAUUAUCUGCAUUAUUAUAUUUUCUGUAUCUUCAUACCCAGCUCUCAUUUUCCUCCAUCUCUAUCCCAGUUACCUGCAGGUGCAGAUAUUUUUAUUUCCCCUUGCAUUUCUGUUUUCCCUUUUUUCCAAGUGUUUUCCCAAACAAAACACCUGGAGUGUGCACAGAACAUAUGGAAUAGGUGUAUAAAUAUAUAUGUGUGUGUAGAGUGAGGCAUUGUGGCAGCUGGUACAGGAAUGCAGCUGGAUUUAAUUUCAUUUUUUUUAAAUUUCAUUGAAUUCCAGCCAGGAUUUCACAGAUUUCUCCUGGCUUGUGCUUCAUUUAUUGUUCUGGGAAGCUCCUGGGAUUUGAGGGAUAAAAACUCCUUGUGUUAGUGAGUGCUCUUGGAGGGCUCCUCACCUCAAAUCCCACCAAAAACCAAUUUGUGCCUUUGCCAAGGAGGGCUCCUUGACCUGACAGGGAGCAAAGCUCCGAGGUGGGAACAUCCCUGGAAAAUGGGAACACCCCAGGCAACAGCAGCUGGGACUGGGACAGAGGAUUUGUCCUCGUGCCCACCUCCUACCACAGAUCCUCAGCCUUCUCCUGGUGGUUCCACAGGAAGGGAAUCCCAGAAAUUGCUGUGAGGUGGGCUUAAAAAUUAAAAAUUUCAAAUUUAAAACCCAAUUUCCUUGCAGGCCCUUGGGUGUUUGGGGAGGGAGAAGUGUCCAGCUGGCCUCAAUCCACGAGCAAAUCCAUGUGUGGGGAGUUUGGGGUGGGUAGGUGGAUAUAAACCUGCUUCCAGUGGGGAACUGAUCCCAAACUGCACCUGGAAUUUCACUUUUCAUGGAUUUUUGUGCUCAGCUUGUCCUUUUUAUUUGUCCAGAUGAGCACGGAGCCCGUCGGUGUCAUCGGGCUCUCCUGGGCAAGGCCGGGACAUUGGGACGUGCCUUUGGGAAUGUCACUCUUCCCUCUUGGCUCCCAAACUUUGACUGCUGCCUGGAUGGUGGAAAAACAACCAGGAAAAUGUGGAAAAUGUCCCCAGGGCAGGGAGUGGAACCUGCAUGAGCUUUAUCAUUCAUUCCAGCCCAAACCAUUCUGGGAUUCUGUGGGAGUCUUCCACAUUUUCCAGGUUUUCCAGGUAUUGGGGUGGGAAUCUUCCCCAUUGCCUAAUUAUCCAGGUAUUGGGGUGGGAAUCUUCCCCAUUCCCAAGUUGUUCAGCUAUUAGAGUGGGAAUCUUUCACAUUGCCAAAUUAUCCAGGAGUUGGGGUGGGAAUCUUCCACAUUCCCAAGGUAUUAGGGUGGGAAUCUUCCACAUUUCUUAAUUAUCCAGGUGUUAGGGCAGGGAAUCUUCCUUGUUUUCCAGGCAUUACAGUGGGAGUCUUCCACAUUCCCCAAUUACCCAAAUAUUACUGUGGGAAUCUUCCAUGUUUUCCAGGUGUUAAGGUGGGAAUCUUCCUCAUUCCCAAGUUAUUCAGCUAUUAGGGUGGGAAUCUUCCAUGUUUCCCAUGUUUUCCAUGUUUUCCAGGUGUUGAGGUGGGAAUCUUCCCCAUUCCCAAGUUUUCCAGGUGUUAGGGUGGGGAUCUUCCCAUUCCCAAGUUUCCAGCCCCAAGGAAUUGCCAGCCUUUGGUGAGCUGAGAUUUCAGUUUUACCACCCUUCUCCUCGAGGGUUUUUGGCAAUCCAAGGAAUUCUCCAGGGCUGUAGAUGCAACACCAGUGGCUUCCAAGGUUGGUUUUCCAUUUUGGGAACAGCUGCAUCCCUUCCUGGUGUGGAAUUCCUUAGGGAUGUCCAGGGGGGUUCCUGUUAUCACCCAAAGCCUUUUUAUCCACAUGGAUUUUAUGCUUUUAUUCCAAAGGCAAUCCUGGACUUGAUUGUCUCCAUACAGAAAGGGUGGAUUGUGCUGCUCACAUUCUUCCCAAGCAUUGGCUUUUCCAGGAGUUCAGUGGGAAUUUUGGUUUAAAAUAUUAAAUGAAAUGUUUACAACCAGUCCAACACCUGGAAUCACAGGCUGUGACCUCGGCUCCAAGCCAUGGAAAGAACCCCAAAAUCCCAAUCCUGUCUGAUGGAAUGCUCACCUGGAAUUCUGCACAGUGCAUUAAUUGGGAUGUGCUGUGUGACCAUAAACCUGCCCCAGUGCUGGGAAUUUUUUUUUUCUUCCCUCCUGGCUUCCUGUAGAACUUGGAAUUUCAUUUUUAUAUGGAUGUUUAUGAGUGCUGUGUCCUUUUUAUCCAUAAAAAUAAAUACAGAGCCUGUCAGGUUCAUGGGAACAAUGUUGGCACAGGAGAAUUUGCACUUCAAGUAAAGGAGGAGAGAAUUGUGCUUAUUCCUGGAUCAGGAAAAAAGAAGGAUUUCCAUGGAGCUGCUCUUGGCCUGAGCAGUUUGUGUCAUGGAACGAGGCUGGGGGACAAAUCCUUGGAAAAGAAUGCAGGGAGAAGAGAAGAUGUUCCUGUUCCUCCCUGGAGAACAACUCUCCCAUUUGGGAAGCUUGAACCCAAGGACACUGUGAAGGAAGGGCUGUUUGUAUUCCCAGUGUGUUCCCCACCCUGUCCAUCCUCGAUUUGCUUUUCCCAAAGAGCCAGGCAGGAUUUAGGAUCGGGAUCAGCGCUCGCUGCAGCUCCGGCACAACGGAUCCGUGACCUGAUUUAAACUUGGGGGAGCUGCAGAACGUAAAUAUUUGAUGGAACUCCAGCUUCCCUUGGUAAAUCUGCUUCAGCUUUCCAGCUGAAUCCUGCCAGGCUGCUCCUGAAAUUCACCUGCUAGCGUGGAGAUGUUUUGGAGUUCUCCUUUCUCUUGGAAUUUGGGCGUUGUCUCAGCCUGGGGUUGGGUUUGUGCAAAAUCCCCCAGUCUGAGCAAAGCUGGAAUUCUGUUUGUGUCACAGUUCAUACUGGGAUCCAUGCUGUCACUCACCCUGGGGCUGGGUGACACUCCAGUGCCUCCCCUGAGGCUGUGCAUGAAGGUGGGUGAGGCUGGCAGCUUUUUAAAUGGUUAAAUAUGGAUUUUUUAGGCUUUCUGGAAAGAAAACUUCCAUGUUUUUUGAGUCCUGGAAGGAGCUUUUUCCAUGGGUUGAGUCAGUAUUCCAGACCUGAAUUUCUUGCCUGUUUUUAUCCCUGUCAGAAGCAAUAGUUGCUGUUGGUUUAAAAAGAUUCCUGCAGAAUUCAGGGACAUUCCCACCUGGGCCGUGUUUGUUGGGAUUUGUGGGCUGUGGGAUGGUGGCACAACAGGUAAAGGAGGAUUUAUGGCAAAUUCUCAAUCCAAAAAGGUGGCACAAUAGGGAAAAGGAGGAUUUAUGGCAAAUUCUCAAUCCAAAAGGUGGCACAACAGGGAAAAGGAGGAUUUAUGGCAAAUUCUCAAUCCAAAAAGGUGGCACAGCAGGGAAAAGGAGGAUUUAUGGCAAAUUCUCAAUCCAAAAAGGUGGCACAGCAGGGAAAAGGAGGAUUUAUGGCAAAUUCUCAAUCCAAAAAGGUGGCAGAGCAGGGAAAAGGAGGAUUUAUGGCAAAUUCUCAAUCCAAAAAGGUGGCACAAGAGGGAAAAGGAGGAUUUAUGGCAAAUUCUCAAUCCAAAAAGGUGGCACAGCAGGGAAAAGGAGGAUUUAUGGCAAAUUCUCAAGCCAAAAAGGUGGCACAAUAUGUAAAAGGAGGAUUUAUGGCAAAUUCUCAAUCCGUACAGGUGGCACAGCAGGGAAAAGGAGGAUUUAUGGCAAAUUCUCAAUCCAAAAAGGUGGCACAGCAGGGAAAAGGAGGAUUUAUGGCAAAUUCUCAAGCCAAAAAGGUGGCACAGCAGGGAAAAGGAGGAUUUAUGGCAAAUUCUCAAUCCAAAAAGGUGGCACAGCAGGGAAAAGGAGGAUUUAUGGCAAAUUCUCAAUCCAAAAGGUGGCACAACAGGGAAAAGGAGGAUUUAUGGCAAAUUCUCAAUCCAAAAAGGUGGCACAACAGGGAAAAGGAGGAUUUAUGGCAAAUUCCAAACCAAAAAGGUGGCACAGCAGGGAAAAGGAGGGUUUAUGGCAAAUUCUCAAUCCAAACAGGUGGCACAGCAGGGAAAAGGAGGAUUUAUGGCAAAAUCUCAAUCCAAAAAGGUGGCACAGCAGGGAAAAGGAGGACUUAUGGCAAAUUCUCAAUCCAAAAAGGUGGCACAAUAGGGAAAAGGAGGAUUUAUGGCAAAUUCUCAAUCCAAAAAGGUGGCACAAUAGGGAAAAGGAGGAUUUAUGGCAAAUUCUCAAUCCAAAAAGGUGGGACAGCAGGGAAAAGGAGGAUUUAUGGCAAAUUCUCAAUCCAAAAAGGUGGCACAACAGGGAAAAGGAGGAUUUAUGGCAAAUUCUCAAUCCAAAAAGCAACUCCAAGGUUUGGAAGCAGCUUUUCCUGGUUGGAGCCACCCCUGUGGGCAGAUCCCAAAUGAUUUCUCCAGGCCAGGAAUGUAGGAAUUCAUUCCAUCCCUGAUCCAUGUUUAGUUUGUGCCCACAUCCAGGUUUUUGGGUUCCUCCUGUUGAGGAGUUUGGGAUCCUGGAUCCUGCAGCCACUCUCAGCCAUCAUUGGAAACUUUUUUUGGGGGGGGAUGGAUGUGCUUUGCUUGCACACAGGCUGGGGAUGGUGCAGAAUUCCAUUAAUGUGUUUUAUUUUAUCAUUAUUUAUGGGAUAAAAAAAAGAGUGUUUGGAGCUUCCAGCUGUCUUGAACUUGAGGUUGAAGUUGGCAGCUGGAAAACAAAAUUUAUCUUUUGAUUAAAGUGUGGGGCACCUUCUGCUGGGACAUUUUAAGGCUUGAAACCAUUUCCAGAUUUAUUCUGAAUAAAACUUUUAAUUAAAUUUU